GCUGCGCAAAGAACAUAUCUGCAAUCAUGGCCUCAAGCGACGACGCCAUGGAGCAUGCUCUCAAUAGUGCUCAUGACUUUUACGAACUGCUCGGCGUCCUACCCGUAGCGAACGAGUCAGAGAUCCGACGUGCAUACCGUCAGACAGCUCUCAAAUACCACCCUGACAAAGUCGGUGCUGACACUGAGAAGCUUGAGAAGUUCCAUCUCCUACAGAUUGCCUACGAUGUCCUUUCAGAUUCGACCAAACGUCAAGUCUACGACAACGCGCAUCGCGCUCGGAAGGAGAAGGCCAUUCGCGAGGAACAGCUUGACGGCCGCCGCCGCCAUCUCAAGGAGGAGCUCGAACGACGGGAGCGCGAGGGCGCGAACGAACUCAAGAGGAAGCGCGGAGAAGCGGCUGAGGAAGAUGAAUACCACAGAGAACUCAAACGAUUGGCCGCGGAUGGAGCAAGACGGAGGAAAGAGUAUGCUGAGAAACUGAGAAGAGAAGCCCAGGAGAAUUUGGAUCGCGAGCAGGAAGAGCGUUCGCGUGAGGAACCGGAAUCCGCAGCCACACCUGCGACUCCGAACCCUGUUGGUGUGGAUGAGCUAGAUCGCACCGUCAAGGCACGAUGGCCUACUGAGAUGGGAGAUAAUACGCGGCACAGUCAAGGGUCAAUAGCGAAGCAAUUUGGACGCUUUGGCAAGAUCGAGCAUACGAUGUUCAAGACCAAGAAGGUGAAAGAGGAAAGCUCUAAACAUCGACGCGAGUACACGACCGCAUACAUCGUCUUUGCAAGCAUUGUCGGCGCUCAUGCUGCUGUAACAGACUUUCCAGACAUGGUCGCGGCAGAAGAAAAGUCACAGAGCAGUGAGAGGAUGUGGAGAUUAAUAUCUGAUGUGACUUGGGCGCAUGGAAAAGAACCCGAUUGUAUACCCAAGCGAGCGCCACCGGUUGAAAGUCAGGAUACGCCUCCAGCAACGCCGAAGGUGCAAAAGUCGGGUGACCCUCUCAGACGGGUUCCGUCAUUUGGAAGCUUUAAAGGCACGCCAAAGGCUGUCAGUAGCCCGAGCUCCGACGAACUACUCAUGAUCCGACUGAAGAAUGCGGAACGGAAGAGAUUGGCCGAGAAAUUACGGCAGCAGGACGAAGAGGACGAUCGGGCUGCAACGCAAGGUCUAGGCGAGGUUUCCUCCACGAUAUGAGAGUGGGGAGUCUGGCGUCAGGGCUUUCGGGUAGCAAGUAAUUAUGAAGUUGAAUGUGAACACGAAAGGACGCGGAUCUAUCCCAAGAUCGUCACCACUGUGGGAAAUUUGUACCAUG